AUGGUAUCGAGGAUGGAGGUGGGCGAGCUUGAAAGCAGGCUGGACGUCGAGGACUGUAAAAAACUAAAGCGUCUUUUUCUGAGCACCUCGGGCACACCUCUCUCCCUGUCCAGAACUGAUUUCUGUAACAAAGCCUUGGCCUCCAUCGGAUGUGGCUCCGAAGAAGAAUACGGCCUCCUGUUUGACAACGUGGUUGGAAUCCAAGACUACGGUGGCCUCGUACUGGAGAGUGUAGAUAUGAGGAGGGAGGGCCGUAUAACCUGGGAAGGGUUACGCUCUUUUAUGAUAUUGGAGCUUUCUGAAAAGGUGGAGCAUCCCAUAGCCAGUAUACCUGAUUGGAAGCCACAGCACACUUUGACCUGUCCGCAUCCUGACCCUAUUCAACAGGUGUCGUACCUGCACAGCUCAGGCUGUUAUCUGACGGUGAGUAAGAGAGGAGCCAUGGGGCUGCGGGCCGGAAAAGACCUCUUCCUUCUUCAGACACAUCAACUGCAUGACGCCUUGGUCACACCUCGAAAAGUUAGGGUCACCGACAUGGUGCUGCUCCACAAUGUGCAUAAGAUAGCAGUGUCCUUCAUGAGUGAGGAGGUGUGUUUUUAUGACCUGCUGUCCAAGCCCAAGUUUAGCUGCCAGUACAGACUCCAGGGACUGAAGUUCCCCCCGCGGUGCCUGGAUUACUGGGAGGACCCCUCUCAUCCCGACUCAUCUGUCCUCACCAUGGGAGACACUGGUGGACAGGUCAGUGCUAUCUGUUUUAGCUCAGCUCAGAUCUCUCUCUUUGAGAGAACCAGUCCAGGUGUGGAGCCUGAAUCAAGUGGUGUCAUCAAAUGGGAGGAGCUUGUCAAAGGAAAGCACCGUUGCUGUUACACACUUUCUCACUGGGCGCACAAACAGGACUCAGUUCAACGAGUACGUUUCCUGGGCUCUCUGCAGGCCUUUGUAUCAUGCAGCAACAGCCCACACAGUAGUCUGGUGAUUGGCUGGAGGGAAAAAGAAAGGCCUCUACAAGUGACCUCUUUCCACACGCAGAUGGGAGUUGAAGAUCUUGACUACCACCAUGGACUCAAGCAGAUCGCCACAGCAGGAACUGACAACCAGGUCCUACUGUGGAACCCCUAUGUGACCUCUAGGCCAGUGAGCGUGCUCAGUGGACACACGAGCCCCGUCACCGCGGUACGCUUUGUACUGCCAAAGAAACAGCUGCUCAGCUUCUCCAAAGAUAAGGUGCUGUGCUUGUGGGAUGUGUCCAGUGAGCUGUGUGUCUACCGUCUGUCUGGUGUCUUCCCAAAGACCCCCGGGGAUGCAUGCACCCUGCUGUUCUUCCACGAGGAGCAGCAGGAACGCCUCCUCCUCUCCUUUCAUAACCUGCUCUUUCUGCUGGACAGAAAGCAGGAGAGGCUGACCAGUCACAGACACCCUGUCACCUGUGUGCUCUAUAAUAGUUUGUUCAGACAGGUGGUCAGUGGUGAUUCUUCCUCCUCCGUGGUGUGCUGGCUAGCUGAGACGGGCCAGAGGGUCAGCCGGUUCCACCGUUGCCAUGGCGACUCCGCGAUCUCUGCCAUGUCGCUGGAUGGCAUGCAGACCAAACUGUUUACUGCAGGGAGUGACGGAGAGGUCAAAGUGUGGGACUUCAGUGGUCACUGCCACUACAGACUGAAGGCAGGCCAAGGUCAUGAUGUGACAAUCUCCCAACUCCUCCUGCUGAGGAGAAGCAUCCUGGUGAUGGGCUGGCAGAGGGUUUUAACAGUAUUCAGGCUGCCAUCAUUCACCCAGGUUGUGGUUGAGCCAUCCAAGUGGAAUGGAGGAGUCCAGCACCAGGACAAUGUGCUCUGUGCUGCAUUCAGACCCCUGGAGACCCUGGUCACAGGAAGCUGUGAUGGAGAAAUAGUGGUGUGGAACAGCAGCACAGAGAAGGCUUUAAGGACACUACGGCUGCACACCCAACCCAAGGCUCAUCUAGAUCACCCUCCCACAUCCCUGUUUGGUUUGAAAGGUGAAGAGGACUCGCGAAGCUGUGGCGUCAUCACCAGAUUGUUCUUUAUACCCGGACGCACACCUGCAGCUUUGCCCUUUGGCGGCGCAGACUUGGUGUCCUGUGGGGGAUCUGGUGAGGUUCGAUUCUGGAAUACGUUUCACAGCAGUUUGGUGGGGCAGUUUACGGCCCAUAACAGAGACCUGGGGCCCAUUAUCAUGACCAUCAGUCCCUGUGGGAAGUAUUUAGUGACUGCCGAUAUGGAGGGAACUCUCAAGACAUGGGACAUACUGGAAUAUUGUCUCCAGCCAGACGGGGGAAUAACCAGAGAGCCUCCAAAGUUGCUGUGUAGUCUCCGUCCACACCUGAAAGGUGUGAUGCACCUCGAGACAUGUCUCCACAAUGACAGACUCCUGUUGCUUUCAGCAUCAGCAGACUGCAAUGUGGCUCUCAGCUACUUGCCUGGAGAUACAGUUGGAGUGUUUGGACAGCAAGUGCCCUGGAAAUUGAAUGGGCUGGGACCUGGAGACCCAGAGCAAGAUCAGGAGGAGAGGAAAUCAGACUCUGGUACAUUCAAAGGUCUGCAAUUGGAGGAGCUCCAAACUGUAGGGCAGUUAUCUAAGCCAGAGUUUGCAGUCCACCCUAAGGUCUGCUUCACUUCUAGAGAAGGAGGGCAGGCUGAGACAGAGAAAGCCACAGAGAUCACCACCAAGCAGGAGAGAAGACUGAAGGCCAAGAACAGCAGAGUCGGCUGA